CUUCAUAUCGGGUUCUAGCUGAGUUAGCUCUGUGCAGUUUUCUCCCAUCUGUCCUAUCUGUAUAGGCUGGAGUUUGGAUAGCAAGAGUUGAAAAUUGUGAUUUGCUUUUGCUCUUUAACUAAGUGAGGAGUUUGCUUACUACUUCAUGGCAAGUGGGGACAACAGGUCACCAUGGCAGAUGAUGCAGAUAAACCCACUCCACUCAAUAAAAAUGGAAAGAAAAGCGACGGACCUUCUGGAAGCUCAUUCUUCACGUGGUUCAUGAUUAUCGCUUUGUUGGGGGUCUGGACGUCAGUGGCUGUUGUUUGGUUUGACCUGGUGGAUUACGAAGAUGUUCUGGCCAAAGCAAAGGAGUUUCGUUAUAAUUUGUCAGAGGUGUUGCAAGGGAAACUUGGAGUCUAUGAUGCCGACGGAGAUGGUGACUUUGACAUGGAAGACGCCAAGGUUUUGCUAGGCCUCACCAAAGGUGAUGGUAAUAAUGACCAAAUUGAUACACUCGAGGAAGUCCUAGAUACUAUAGCGGAGGAAACCUCAGAUUGGGCUUAUGGUUUCUUCUCCUUUCUGUUUGAUGUAAUGACCCCUUUUGAAAUACUAGAAGAUGAAGAAAACGAAGCUUCCAAGGAUGUUGCUGAGGAGGAACCAGGAGGAAAAUUGAAAGCAAAAGAAAAAGCCAAGGCAAAAGUCAAGACAACAUUGAUAGAGCUUAAAAGGGCAAAAGAGAAAAUCCAAAUGAGUAAAGAGAAGAAACCCACAACUAUAAGAGCUACUGAGGAAGAGAAGCCCAAGAAAACCAGGAGAGAGAGGGCGGAGCUGAAUGCAGAUACAGUGAAGAAAGCAAAGCCGGUGAGAAAAAUUGAAACCAAGAAAGAAAAGGGGAAGAAAGAUAAGGAUGAGGAAGGAAAGGGGAAGUUGGAGUCCAAGAAGAAGGCUAAUAAAGUUGAUAAGGAGCCUAAAGCAGUAAAAAAGUUGCAAGUCAAAAGUAAAGAGUUGAAAGUACUCAAUAGGCCUCUCAAGAAAAUGAAAAUCACCACAAAGGAGAAAGAUAAAGGUCGCAGGAAUUGAACAUGCCCCGAAAAACGUGGAAAGCCACCACUGUGCAGUCUACCGCCUUCAACUGGACCCGCAUUGUGACAG